UGGCUGAGAUAUGAGAGGCUUAAAAUCCAACGGCCAGCAGAUCUCAACCAGCCCUUUAUAUUCAUCUUAUUCAACCAGUUUAUUUCUCUCGCGCUUUGUGGCAGUCACAGAAGCUUUUCUAGGGUUUACGUAGUUCUGAUUCACAGUUCAAGAUGGUUCUUCAAAACGAUAUUGAUUUGCUCAAUCCUCCGGCCGAGCUCGAGAAGAGGAAGCACAAGCUCAAGCGCCUCGUGCAGUCUCCUAACUCAUUUUUUAUGGAUGUGAAAUGCCAGGGCUGCUUCAACAUAACUACUGUGUUUAGUCACUCGCAAACAGUGGUGGUGUGUGGGAAUUGCCAGACAGUAUUGUGCCAACCAACCGGUGGGCGUGCAAGGCUUACAGAGGGUUGCUCUUUCAGGAGGAAGGGUGAUUGAAGAUGAAAGAUGAUAUGUUGCUUUUUCUUGGUAAAUGCAAGUAGAAUUCUUUUUAAAGGAUGAUGGUUUCGACAAAGGAAUGGGAGCACUUUUGGCCUUCAAUUGUUUUUUUUGGUGCUAUUUUGUUAGCAAAUAUCUCUACUUUAUUGUUGCUAUCUGAUUUUGUGUUGCAUUGCUGCACUCAAAAUCUGGUGUUGUGUGAAAAUCUCAGAUUAUAUUAUAUCUGUCAAAAUGUUAUUAUCUUUGGCUAAUUUUAUCUGAUUAUCAUUUUUUC